GGUUGACAGAUAUACCCUUUGUCGGGGGGUAAAACGCCGAGACUGACAACAUGUUCCACGUAUACGACGUCUUCCGCACCAAAGAAAGUGCCCAGUAACCCAGAUACGGACCUGUGAGGUCAGCUGGGGUAUAUAAAGAGCCAUGCGUCGCAUUCGAAUCGAAUGUGCAUCUCCGUUCACCAGAUAAAACUGAGGUUUCAAAUCACGAAAGCUAUCAGACACCUUCAACAUGAAGUCCGUUGCUCUUUCUACUCUUUCUCUUCUCCCAUGUGCGCUGGCACAGACGGUCUACCUGGCUGGUGACUCCACCAUGGCGUCGAGCACUCCCGGAUGGGGCGACUACAUCGCGGACAGCCUCUCCGUCGAGAUCUCAAACCAGGCAAUCGGUGGCCGCAGCGCACGCUCCUACACCAGAGAGGGCCGCUUCCAGGCGAUCGCCGACUCCCUCCAAGAAGGCGACUACGUCGUCAUCGAGUUUGGACAUAACGACGGCGGUUCCCUUUCUGAAGACAACGGCCGCACAGACUGUCCAGGUUCCGGCGACGAGACAUGUGAGACCACAUACGAUGGCGUCGCCGAAACCGUCCUCACAUUCCCCAAAUACCUGGAGAACGCCGCGCAGCUGUUCCUCGACAAGGGUGCUAAGGUCCUGAUCUCCAGUCAGACCCCAAACAACCCCUGGGAAUCUGGCGAGUUUUCCUAUAGCGCGAGUCGCUUUGUUGAGUACGCCCAGUUGGCGGCUGAGACAGCAGGUGUUGAAUAUGUGGACCACGGGGCUUAUACCGCCGCUAUUUUCGAGUCGCUGGGUGCGGACACAGUUAACUCGUACUACCCUAACGACCACACCCACACCAAUGAUGCGGGCUCUGAUGUCGUUGCCGACGCUUUCCUGAAGGCUGUUACAUGCAGCGAUGUCGCUCUGAACGAUGUUUUGUCAACAACCGAUUUCGCUGGUGAAUGCUUGUAGUCGAUUGAUGGGUAUCGCGGCUAUGUAUGAAAUCAACAUAUAAACGAGAAGCAAUACAAUAAAUGUGCGCAAAAUGUAUGUAUCGCUGUAUGAUUAAAUCACGAGAAGCAAAGCAAAGAAAUAUAAGAGAAAUA